AUGCGGGCUGCAGCAAUGACAAGCCAGAGAAAGGGCCUCGAGCAAACACCCUAUGUCAUGAUAACACAGAGGCUCACAUGCAACGUUGACCUCGAAGAGCAGCUUUUGUCGUGCCUUGUCGACCCUAUCAACUUAAGUUUUGACGAGGUGGUUCUUGAUCAAGUACUGUUGGCAGGCAUCAAGCCGCUCGUCAAGCUGUCCAAGCUCAGACCCGAAGCCGGUUCGGAACUACUGGUCUCCCAUAUCACAACCACAGGGGCCUUACUCUACGGCCCCCAAGGAUCUGGCAAAACCCUUCUUGCCAGAGCCAUUCCGAAAAGUACUGGAUCGAACAUGUUGGCCAUCAACCCUGCCGUCAUCCGAAACAAAUGGCUCGGAGAAUCAGAGACGCCAGUCCAAGCGACUUUCUCCCUGGCUAGGGAGGCCUUCCCAUGCAUUGUUUUCAUAGGCGAGGUUGAUGUCUUCUUCUACCGUCGAGGAGAUGAUGACUACCCCUGGCAGCGCUCAAUACUCACACAGUUUCUGCAUGAAAUGGACGGACUGACACAUGACGAAAAUGCCUCUUUGGUCUCGGCGGCCACCAACAGCAGGCCCAUGGAUCUUACCAGCGCCUUCUUGCGGCGACUGCCCAAGAAGAUUCCCUAG